AUGGCAUCUGCCUCAACAUCUGGUCUAUCAGCGUCAGUCACGCGCAUUUUGUCUUUGACAGGCUUUGCAAAGGAGCUCAAGACUAAAGAUAUCCAAUCCGCAUUCUCGGAAUGGGAGAACAUUGGCGGAGGGUUUAAGAUCAAAUGGAGAGACGAUACGAGCCUCUUGAUUGUUUUUCAAGAUGCCUCAGUUGCAAAACGAGCAUAUCUCCACACGCUCGCGUUUCCUCCUGCCAUCCUUACUACCGGCAGUUCCGCUACCAUCAAACCCUAUGAUGGACCUGACGCCCAAACUGUCAUUCAGACAGUAAACACUAGAGGCCACACAGGCAACGCUUCUCGCGGCCACAAUUUACGCGCUGCCUCUAUUUCUGUUUUCCCCAGCCGCAGCGCCAACACCAGUCAGAACGGCAACGGAUUACGCAACGGAAACGGCCAGAAUAACCACGUGCUGAAUGCUACUAUUUCGGAGCAUUCACCAAGGCUCAUCAAUGGGCGUGAGCCUUCUCCGACCCUUCCGACGCUCCCUUCUCACCCGUCUCUGAAUGACCUCAUAAAUUCAGCCGUGUCACACGAUGAUCCCGCUAUUCUUCACGCGGAGGGUCCACCAAAGAUUGGAGAUCCAGGGAAGAGAAUGUUGGGCGCUGCAUUAGGUGUGAGACACCCUGCACUGGGACCGCGGGUCAUUAAUGGAAGUCAUGUCACGGGAGGUGCAAGUCCAGGUACUAGCCCCAGGGGCAAUGGACUUGAUUCUACCAUGAGGGACAUACAGAGGGCAAUGGGAGGGCUGACUGUCGCCGAGUGA